AGCCCCGCUCACCCCCGGUCCCGGGCCCGGGCCCCGGAGCGCGGCGAUGGCGGCGGCGGCGGCGGCAGCGGCGGCGGCCGGGGAGGGCGGCGGAGACCCUGCGGGCCGCAUCCAGCUGCUGCUGGCGGCCGCCGAGUUCCUGGAGCGAAAGGAGCUGGGCAGCGGAGCCUCCCCGGUGGCUUCCCGGGGGGUUCCGGUGGCACCGGCGGCUCCUUACCGGGCCGGCCCCGCUGAGGCCGAGCACGGCUACGCCUCGGUGCUGCCCGGCGGAGAGCGGAGAGGGGCCAGGAGGAGGGCGAAGGGCAGGAGGAGCGGAGGGGGAAGCAGGUCGACACACAACGAGAUGGAGAAGAACAGGCGAGCCCACCUGCGGUUGUGCUUGGAGAAGCUGAAGAUGCUGGUGCCGCUUGGGCCUGAAACCAACAAGCACACGACGCUGAGUUUGCUGAUGAGAGCGAAAUUGCACAUAAAGAAGCUUGAAGACAGCGACAGGAAAGCCCUCAACCAAAUCGACAAGCUGCAGCGGGAGCAGCGGCACCUGAAGAGGCAGCUGGAGAAGAUGGGCGUGGAGAGGCUACGGAUGGACAGCAUCGGAUCCACCGUGUCCUCCGAGCGCUCGGACUCGGACAGAGAAGAGAUAGACGUGGACGUGGAGAGCACAGACUCGCUGCCCGCAGACCUCGACUGGAGCAGCAGCAGCAGCCCGAGCGACUCGGAUGAAAGAGGGAGCCUGCAGAGCGUGUGCAGCGACGAGGGCUACUCCAGCUCUGGCGUGAAGAGGUUGAAGUCGCAGAGCAAUCAGAAGCCGUGCCCCGCUCUCUAAGGAGCGACUCCCAGGAGCCGUUCCGCCCGCCGCUCUCUCCCUGUUGGAUCUCGUUAGGUAGGACGCCGGACCCGCACUUCUCCUUGCACGUAAAUCUUGCACCACCGACAGAAAUGAAGCCCGCUUUGCCCGAAAAAGUGCCCGGGGAGCACGCUGCCCUCUGCAGCACGCAGCCCAUCGCAUCCACUCGCUUCUCUUCCCGUCGGGGAAACUCAUCUCGGUGAGACCGCACAUUCCAGCCAGACCUCGACGCGCCCGAGAAUAUCGCAGCUGGUAACAGCAGUGCACCGAGAGACCUCGGCCGUUCUUCGCCUUGCUGUUACCGCCCGGUAUUCUGGAUCUUGUGGCAUUUGCCCAGCAGUGCCACGUCCCUAACGAGCAGCAGCAGGGCCCAAACGUGCGUCGUUGGGCGACGAGCCGAAGGGAGACCCGUAGGGAAACCCAGCCUUAGGUAGCUUGGAUCCAGGAGAGGGCAGAGGGAGGUCUGCGAGAAGAAAGUUUCGGCUGCGAGCUGCUGGAGCGUUACUCAGAGGGCUUCGGGUAGGACCCCUUCAGCUUUGCCACAUCUCAGAAAUUCCUGUAGUCCCUAAAACCAAAUGGUACGAUCCUCGUCCUGUGCAAUGUCUGACCUCACGCGCUGCGGCCGCGUAUUUUACUGUUCUAGGCGAGCAUUCCUAGGACGUCCUUCACGCUUCUUGUCUCGGGGAUAAUUUUUUCUACCUCGGAGAGAUGAACAAAGAUUAUCUCCAUCCCUUUAGCACAAAAAAAAAAAAGAUGAUGCCUCAGUUGUUUUCUAGAAGCGAUGCUUGGCCCCGCUCACUCCCCUCGUGAAAGUUUAGCAAUAACCGGCAGCCGAGCGCUCGCCUUUUCCAGGACAUGGCUCCUGGUGAGUCCCCACGGGGUGCCGCUGGUGUUAAAGCACUUGGCCUGGCUGGCGGGGUUGUUUUUAGGCACUUAGAGAGGUUUCCCAAGGCUUCUGAGGCUUCCCAAAGCUUUUGGUUGCCGCCUCAGAGAGAGAGAAAACCAAACAGGAAAGGAAAGGCCGACCCCGUGCCCCGCAAGCCGUGGUUUCCGACCCUGCAAACGCGCUUGGGUCGAAGCUAAGCAGAGCACACGUAAAUGUACAUAGACCACGCGAGCUAUAAAUAGUAUUUAUUCCUUUUCUAUGAAACUGGUGUCGUGGAGAUACCUUCUGAUGACUUUUAUAGAUGUUCUGGAAUCUUUGUACGUAGAGGUCCGCUAAUGGAGAGAGAGAAUUUCUUUCUUUUUUGGCUCGAAACGUUUGAAGCUCUUUCUAUUCCGCCCACCUGGCAAACCUCUGGCAACGAACACCGAGCGCUCGGUGCGGCACGCCGACCUCCCGGCCCCGCGUUCGGCCACGAGCAGCUUUGUGGCUUCGCUCUCCAAGGGCUCCAGAGCUCCUCCAGGCACCAAAACCCAGCCUGCCGUCGUUAAACACUCCCGUGAGACACGCAGGAUCCUGAGACUUCGCUCGUCAAGCUGCCAAAAGCCACUAAAACACCCAGCAAGGUGCAAACGAAUGAACUAUUAGUCCUGUUCUUAUUUUAUCUUUUAAUCCCUAAGCUAUUUUUGGAUCAUUUGGACUCUUUGAGAAGCAAGAGGAGGGGAGACGGGGCUAGUGGAUCGCUAAAAUCUCCGAAGUCUGUGCUCUGCUUGUGUGUGCUAGGUUUUGGAAAGAAAAAGCAGCACGAGAAAUGUUCCUGGAGCAGCUGGAGCUGUCCGCCCAGCAGAUUUGCACUGAUCUAUGCCUCGUGUAAGCCUUCUGCACUGGGAGAAGUCUGAGUCUUCCCGAGUCCUGAGAGCGAGCUCGAAGCGGUCCACUUUAAAAAAGACAAAAAAAAAACCACCAACAAACAACACCAAAAGACAAAAAUAGGAGGACAGAAGCCACGAGGCAAGCUGAGAGGCUGCCCUUUGGGGUCUGCCCUUUUGCUGCACGAUGGCUUGGGGUCUUUCCAGCUCUUUUUUUCCGCCACUUUCUCCCCACCACCACUGCAGGUGCUGCUUCGGUGCCUCCGAGCCCAGCGCUGCGGCUCCUGCUGCCUUCGGGACGGGAACCACAGCGCUGAGUCUUCAGAAAAGCACUGAGAGAGAAAAAUGCUGUGUUUCACUUUCAGUUAGGCGUACCCAGUCUUAAGGCUUUGACUCUGUAAAUUUGAGUGUGUGUGUGUGUGUGUUGUGCCUUUUUUUGGGUUAACGGCGUUGUUUUGGUGAAAUGCUGUGUGUUUUGUUUCGUUUUCCUUUUUUAGUUUUUUUUUUUUCUCCCACUAUAAAGCAGUAAUUAAUUGACCUUUGCACUGUUUGGACGUGCUCCUCUCCAGCUUGACGGCGCCGAAGGGCUCCACCCUUGGAAAACGAGGCACUAAAGUUGAACCGGCGUGAGGCGGAAACCCCGGGCUUUUUCCCCAAAACUCCUGGAGGGUGCUGCACCCGCAGCCCUGGUAGCGCCGCUCUCCGUUUUGCCAGCCUUUUCCUCGAAUUCACACCAGCAUUACUAAGAAAUAAGCUGCAGCAAUUAGAUUUUUGUAGAUUAUUUAAAUUAAAAAAAAAAGGGGGACAGCGAGGAGCCGCUCACGCCCCCCACGUUUACGAUUGCACAGACGUGUGCGAGCCCAAACCACGCUUAUUUUUAUUUUUUUUUUUUUUGGGGGUGUUUUCCUUGUGGAGGAGCAGAUCCGGUGCAGAUGGCUCUUAUUUUUGGGGAGAGCUUGCGACAGGGCAGAGGAAGGGAUUGGGCAGCGUCCUGCCACUGUCCUGCCCCCGCCGCUGCUCCUCUCCUGGGCAUUAGCGGCUGCGCGCCGCCCCGGCACCUUGCUCCGUCCCGCAGCACUUCUGCCCCCCUGUAGCAAUAGGUACGGGCUCGGCCUCCCCCCAUGGCCCCGUUUUUGUACCCGAUUUCAGGUUUUGACACUGUACUGUAGCGGGAGGAGUUCUGCCUUGGCCACGCUCCCUCUCUGCUCCCCUUGUAGUGCUUGUGGCAGCUGCCAGCAGCCGGAUUCCCAAAGCACCUGGACCAUCCCCGUGCCCGUUCCCAUCCCACACCCCACGUUUUAGGAAGAAAUUGCGCGGAGGCGUCUCCAUCCCCCUGCUGCACGCCUCGCGAGCCUUCCCGACCCUUUAUGCGGUCUGGGUGCGCUUUUGCUGCGUUUUCUUUGCCCUUUCCCUAUUUUUUUUUCCCCGUUUUGCUUCCAAAUUGCCCCCAAACCACCCCCCCCUUGCCUGGCUUUCUCACUGGCUUUUAUUCCCAGACUGAACGGGGCAGCAGCGGAUGGGAGAAGGCGAAUUUUGGUUCCGGCCGUUCAGCUCCCGGUGUAAAUACCCCGGCAUUACGCCUCCUGUGUCGAGACCACCCCAAUGGUGCUUUUUUCUUACAGUUAGCACAGGCGAUUUUAGGAAGUUCAGAAGUGUUUUAGGAGAGUCUUGCUGUGUGUAUGUAAACUUCUGUACUGUUGACUGUUAGACAAUAAAUUAUUUCAUUACCAAA